AGGGGAGCGUGGUCUAAUGGUGCUGGCUUGGAAUAUGGGUUUGCAGAGCACAUGUGGCUGCUUGUGCCCAGAGUAGGGGAGAUGGCUCAGAGGCUCAGUUGCAGGGGAUGCUGCACAGAAAGGGGGGCCUACCAGCAGAGUACAGUCAGAUCGGUGUUUGGUCUGCUGGGGGCACAGCUCUGCACAACUGCUCAGAGGAUCGGGACCCAAGUGAGCAAAAGUUACUUAUGUGGCCUGGUGUUUGCUGGGCUGGGAGCUCGUACAGCUGCAAAUCACCCUGAAGGGCCUGGAGCCUGUCACCUCUAUAACCUGUCUGUGCCUGAAGGCUCCUCUGGGCAUGUUAAAACUAACAUACCUAAGAAUAUACCGGUAUCUACUUUGUAUAAGAUGCAAACCACCAUCGCGGCCACCGCCUCCGACUCUGCUUGUCACUCCAUCCUGUUGUUAACUAAUAAAGGAAAGCGGAACUACUACAACAGCACGUACCGGGGACGGAUCUCUCUAUCAGACCGGCUCCUCUUUACUGUGAAGAAUGCAAGUGAAUGGAUGGCAGGAGAAUACCAAGUCAUUAGUGACCUUUCUAAAACCUGCACGGCUCGUAUCAAUCUGAUGGUGCCUGGUCCUGUCUCAUUCCCACCGCCUAUAUCGGAGACUCCCGCUGCCAGCCCAACUGGAGAGGGAAGUAGCCGAGGGAUGCUUUCCAACGGCUCUCCCAAGGGGGAGCCAAGAAGCCACUAUGGCGUGUGGAUAUCAUUGGGGUUCAUCACUGCUUUGUUUACUGCUACUGCACUUUAUGUCUGCUGGAAACAUGGGAGAGAAGGACCAGGUACCCGUCAUGGUUGUGAAGAGGAAGGGAUCUCGGACUCAGCAGAUACCUGUUUACAUGCUGGCCUGUGUCUCACAUUGGCACGAGGCUGGAACCUGAGAUGGAGAGGCUGGUGAGGAGAUCCCACUGAAUGGAGAGGUGGUACAGCCCCGGGAACUGAGCUGGCUGCCCCAAUGUCGCCGAGAGGCAACACUUUAAUAGCGUUGAAUGGCUGAGGUGCAGGCGCCUCCUGUGUGUAUGUUGACCAGCUUUGAUCAUUGCACUAGCCUGGAUGUGACUUCUCCCCAUGUGAGGCCAGGGAUGCCCUUGCACUUAAGGCUCUGGUCUGGGACACCUGGGUCUUCCACCAACCCCCUGUCUAUGGGUGAGUCUCUCAGGGCUGAAUAUUCAAGAGCUCAGACUGUGAGUGGGUGUUAAUCCGAAGGCUCAUGCUGUUGCCUAACUGGGAAUUGAGCUACUCUGAAAAUCUGGCCUUCUACUGUCCUGUGCCUUCGUUUCCCAUCUUUACAAUGAAAUACUCCUCCAUGUAGCUUGUAAGGCUACGAAUCUGUGAUGGAGCUCACAGACACUGAGAUUCUUUUUUUAAAAAAAGAGCCCUCCAUGACUUCUUGAAAAUACCAGUAAUUCAACCCCAGGCAGCAGGGUUUGGGUAUCCAUGAUUUAUUUAUUCCCCAUGCCCUGUCGCAGGAGUUCUCAUAAAAAUACCUGUGCUAAAAUUGUAGCCUUGAUCAUAAGUAAAUGUGAUUGUUUGUUUAUCUGUUUUUACUUAUUGUAUCUAUCUCUGGGCCUGUCCCUUUUGUCUGUGACCAGAUUUCUAUUUAGACUAUAAGCUAUACAGUAGAGGGAGUGUGUCUCAUUUAUCUUUGCACAGGGGGGCACUGAUCUCUGCUGAAGACUUGAUGCGACUGUAAUACAGACAAUAAUAAAAUCACAUCUGUCUGAAUAUUUUUUUAACCUAUCGUGCAUCUUCCUGGCUUCUUGAGAAGCUCCAACCCUCUGUGGAGCGAGCAUUGGCUCUAGCUCGCUGGGGUCUCCAAUGCAAACCUCUCCCCUAGGUUCAGUCAGCCUCCUGCCCCCUUUCUUUUAUUUGGUGAUAGGACACUGGCCUAGCAAGGCUAGUACAAUAUUCCAGUGACCUAUAGCCAAAUGGCUUUCAUGGCUAUUGGGCAGCAUGUGCUCAAAUGUCUCCUGGUCACUAGGUGUCAGUAUUACCGGCUUUUACUUGGUUAAGUGAGAGUGAAGCCGAGUUUUCUCUGGCUGCUAUUGUAAAGCAAGUCCUACCACCAGCGUGUAAAGUGACUGGCAUUUAAUUCACGCCCCAAUCCCCAGCGCUAGAAGCUCAAGCCUGUCCUAGCAUGAGCAUAGGGAGUCUCGCUCAUUCACACCAGGACCAAAUUCGGUUUGUUAUAGCACGUCCUUACCACAGCGCCCCCUUGU